GAUCCGUGCCGCUAACCCUCGACAGUGACAGCGAUGUCGAGAUGCAAAGCCUGCCACAGUCAGACAUUGAGUCCCUGCAGCAACAGUGCCCCGUUGAGAUUCCUCGUGCAGUGGCAAAACAAGCGCUGGAAAGAUUCCCCGGCGAUAUGCCUCGUGCUAUCGCCGAGGCAUGCCGCCUCGUGUGUUCUCCCAGGCGAGGCCGGUCUAGGUCGCCCGUCCUGCCUUCAUCACAGCUAUUGGUGCCCUCGCCGCCGGUAUUGCUGCCGGUUGAAGAUCGAGUGGCUGAAUUUUGGCGUGCAAGGCGCCAAGUGUUAGAAACCACAGUUGCCACGCUUUAUUCGCAACAUCAACAACUUAAUCCAAGGGAUACGCGCGCAUUAGCUGCUUUGUUCCACGCUUUGCCUCGUGACUGGCCUGUCCAGCCACAUCACUUCUCCUUGUCUUUGGGCUUGCUCUUCGAUCAUGAGCUGGAACUUUGGCGACAACGGGCCGCUGACAGCGUGACUUUCCAAGGCACCAUCAAAGAUGCGUGGAACAGCCAACUGAAUGUCAUGAAGCUGCUUCCAUUCUUUCUAGCCGUGCUGUCCAUCUUUGCAGAAAGAGCUGGCAUAGCCAGGGAAUUUCCAGCUGGAUUUGCUUUGACUAUCGCCCCCUGGCUUUGCCACCGCUCGCUCCACAUCUGCUUCAACCCCCUCAAGCCGGAGCACGAGGUGCGGCCUCGCUUAUUCGCCCUUUUGGUGGCAGAAAGCAAUUGCAGCAAAUCGCCAUUUUUUCGGCAGCUCGUGGACGCAGUUUUCGUCAGUCAUUGUCCUUCGCGUCCUUGCCUCGUGGACACCUUUCCUGACAAAUUCGUCAGCCCCGGACCUGGUAAAGACAAAACGCUGUUUGUGCAGCAAUGCACGAACAGCGACUUUGCUCGCCGCAUGAAAGCAAGCCACGGCCAUUUAUGUUGGGUGUCUGAGGAGGCUUGGGGUGCCUUGGAUAUUGCUUGGGCAAAGGGAAAAGGUGGUCAGCCCAAAGUUGUGCAUGACUACUGGGGCCAAGCUUUCAUGAAGGAUUGUCCCUUUGGAGGCAUGGGGUGGGAAUUCAGGCCAACUUUCUUGUGGCCCAGGGAUCAACCAGAAGAUGACCCUGAAAAUCCACACGUAACAUUCAGCGGUGCUGCGAGAUUCCUGCUCGAUAUUUUUGCUCGGCUUUGCAUGUCCUAUGGCCAAACUUUAGAUUUGAUGAGUUUCGAGUCUGCUCCAAUCCCAGUAAGUGAUCCUGCAGCUGCCAUGUGGUCCAAGUUCCGACACCAAGCUGAGAAAGAUAAAGACACGGUUCCUUCUUGCGCAGCUGGGGCUGUGGGCAAGCACUGCUUUACAACCACUUCCCACAUUGCCGCCUGCCAUUUGUUGCAACAGGCCUUCCUCGACAUCAAGGAUGGCCGGGCCGAUUUGGAUUGCCUUCGUGAUCCCACUUCGCAGUCAGCACCUGUGGCGCCGGUUCUUUGCUGGCCAGAAUCAAUCCAACCCUUGUCGCCAGAACUCAUCCUUGCUGCCCCGGAACAUCUUCAUCUCAUGGUCACCGGCAUCUUAACUUGCUUCAAUGAGAUGAAAUUGCCACAAAGCGAACGGGCAGGCCCUCCAGCCUUAGACGAAAACCGGCCUCGCCCGCAUCGCCAACAGAAGCCACCGCAGGAACUCAGCGAACCUCCGCCCCAGAAUGCCGACGAGGAGGCUUUAGGCAUUCUUCUCCAGCGAUGCCAGGAACAAUCCCACAUCAACGUCAAGAACGCCAACCAAAUCUUGCCUCGUCGCCUUGGAUUUCGCUCUGAUCAGCAGGCAAUUUGCCGUCUGUUUGAUAUUGCAGCCCAACACCAUGCUGGCGUUCGGGAAGGUAGCCCUGGUGCAGCUUUGCGUUUGCGGUUGACUUUACCAAAUAUCGACUCAACUUUCCGCCAGCGCUUGAAUUUGCAACUUUCCAGGCCUUCCACCGCUGCUGCUGAAUGCCCUCCAAUGGCUGGUGCUGGAAAGCGUGCUAGAAGAGCCCAAGAAGCAGAUGAAAACCCUCCUGCAGAAGAAAAGGAUGCAGGCCGCAAAAAAAAAUUAGAGAAAAAAGAGUUGGUUCCUCCUGUACAUGUGGCCGUGGACCCACUCACCAGCAUAGCCGUUGAACAGGCUUUGAACGCGGCGUUGCAAAACAAUCCAGAACGAGUGCAUGGGAAACCGUUCCAGGUGAAGUGUACCCCUGUAAGCAGGAAAAAAGGCCAUGCCUUCCAGUUGCGGUGCGCUUUGUGCCAACAUGGAACAUGCUCCUGGCGAGGUACUGCCACAUGCAAGCCGGGUCAGUACAUGGUCGAGUCCAUAUACACUGCGAAAGGCACGCAUGGCCGACCUAAACCCAUGGCAGGUGCUGCAGGCUUGGUGGCCUCUGUCGAAUUUCAUCGCUUAGGUGCUGGUUUGGUCGUUGUUUCUGACACAGGUGUUCUCCCCCACACAUGCCAUGGCUCCUUUCCAAUCAUGCGUGGUGGCGCCAAAGGUCGCGGGCGGGGACCUGCGCAGCCCAAAGCGAAAGCCAAGGCAGAACCAGCCCCAAAACGUGUUGGCCGCCCUCGCAAAGCUGCCGCGCCUGAAAGAAGCUUGGAAACUCCGAACACUGUCUUGGAGCAAGGUUUUGGCGGGAGGCCUGAAUUUUUAGCUGCUCAGAAAGAUUGGGCGGCGACGCUCCUCCCUGAUCGCCGCAUCGCUGUUCGCCACCAAUGGUAUGAUUACAACAAAGGAUACAAGCUGUUCUUGUGGUGCAACAGUUGCACUAAGUGUGCAAUCCCCAACCGAUUGGCUGUUGUGUCGCAUGAUUUGUCUCCGAACAGCACUUCCGUUGUCUUUGUCAAUCCAGCUCUGUUUGUGGAAACGCUUGGUCGCCUCAGUAACAAAGCUUACCUGAAGCUAUGCGGUGAUGGGACUUUCCGUCUCAUGGAAGAUGGAUGGGUUCUGUUGAAUCUUGGUGUUUUGGCUCGCCACUAUGCCCCUGUCAACGGAACAUAUGCGUUCCGAUCGAGUUAUUGGCCUUUGCUGUUUGCCGUUGUCAACAAAGAGGCGAAGCAAACAUACAAGGCGCUGUUUGAUGCUGGGAAAGCUUGCGCUCGAGAGUGCAUGGACUUGGAUUUAGCACCUCGAGUCGUUCAGUAUCACAGUGAUUGGCACACAGGUGAGGAUGCUGCCCGGAAAGAAUGCUUCCCUGACUCAAUGCGGGUUGCUGACUUCGCGCAUUUCAUGGGAGCUUGUGUGCGGCCGCGUCAGAGGCCUGUUCGAGAUGAGACCAUUCAGGCCUAUCGGGCCGGCUUCCCUCAAACCAUGCGCAAGCAUGCUUUGGACAAGACUUGGGUCAGUUAUUUGGUUACAUGGGUGUAUGCUCUUCGGGCCUGUCCGUCUGCUUUGUUGUUUCAUGCUGUUGUUGAAAGGAUCUUAGAAAAAAUGCAAGAGGCCAAUGAAGUUGCUUGCGCACGGGCUAUGCGGCAACACUACCUCACUUCCGUUCCAGCUGCGUCAUUCCGGAUCCGACACCACGAGUGCCUGACUCUGGCUGAUUGGUGGGCUGGACUUUGCCGCCUUCAGCCAGGCUCGGCGUCGGGAACACAAGCCCAGGAGUCGUGGCAUCGUCACAAGCUCAAAAAGCAUAUCCGGCAUUUGCGACAAGAUCUCCCAACAUUUCUGAAAUCGUUGGAAUCAUUCACAUCAUCCCGCUUGGAUCAGCUACGGCUGCAAGGUCCGGAGCUUCCAGAUAUGCCUGUGGAGCCUUUCCCUGACAAGUUCGUCCUCUACGACUCGGAUGCCUUGACCAAAUUAGGCCGUUCCUCCGCCAUGCAGUAUCACCGGACUGCUGCCUCUGAAGUUUUUGCUGACGAGCUUGGAGGUGUGUGGUAUUGCAUGCGCAAAACAUUGGCACAGUAUGACAAACAAAGGGACAAAUGGAUUGCUGCUACUGACAACAAAGUGAUGAAGCCUGCGGCUGGCUUGUCGCAGCAUCUUCGAUCGUUGUAUCUGGCCCGGGAUGACCCGUCCUUGUUUGUUCCUUUGAGACUCCUUGGUUGUACUGCGGACGGCUCUUUGGAUUUGGAACCUUUGCGUCGCAUCCUUUCCAACCAUGUGCUUGUGUUGCAAGGACAAGUGGCUGAGCAGUUCUGGCAUGUUCAAGUUGCUGAUGGCCGGGCGCCGUCGUACCGUCAAGUUGCGUGCUUUGGGUGUACAACCUUUGCCAUUCAUGGGUCUUGCGAGCACGUUCACGCUGCGUGGCUACAUAGCGGUCACAUCUGCAUGGAUCGGGCUGAAAUGCCUGUCCUUGGCAACCCAAAAAAGAAGAGGCAACAAGUCCCAUCCAUUCUGCGUCCAACCCAAAAGCGGGCCCGCAGCAGCGCGUCUGCUCCUGCAGGACCUUCUGCGCCAUCAGAUGGACUUAAAUCUUUGUUGACCGAACUUGGGUUUGCCUCUUUCUGGCCAUCGUUCUUCAAAGAACAGGUCAACAUUUCCAUCCUUGCUUCGUGGGACUUGGCCGCCAUGAAAGCAUAUUUUCCCGAUAUUGGGGGCGGACCUGCGUCACAAAUACUUCGGGCUUGCAAACAGCGUGUUGACGAGGAAGGAGCGGAUGAUUGCGACCAGGCUUUCAAAUUGCCUGUGGAGUCCGGAGCAGAUGAUGGCAUUUCGGAGGUAAUGGAAGCAGAGGAGGAAACGCACCAGGACAUGGAGUCAGACGCAGAGGUUCGCCUGCAAUCUGCUGAGCUGCAAAGCGACGUGCAGGCAGCAGAGGAUGAGAUGCGCUGGUGGGGUCGCUUACUGAUCUUGGUCUGCAAUCUCACGCAUUUUCUUUGGGCCUGGAUGCCUUUAUUUUGGAUCGGCUUUAAUUUAUACAACGUCUUUGACAGCCGCGAAUUCCAUUACUCUCCCAUUGGCAUGUUCAUCUUCACGCUGAUUCUACAGGUGUUGAAUUGGGGCAUGAUCGGAGCCAGCUGUAUGCGCCACUCUCUGGAAGCAUCUAUGGAGGCGAACGAGGUGGUCAUGCUAACCAUCGACAACAUCUGGAGAUCGACGCAACGAUAUUACAUCACAGCGCCCCUGACUGUCUACUCCAUGGUGGAAGGGAUGCAGGACUACAUCCGCUUCCAUUGCUAUGGGCAAGACAUCACCUUCAACGACAAGAAUGGCAAGAUUGCCGUGUACUUGGUGAAGUACUGGACGCUGUUGCUGGAAGUUGCCGCGGUGUUCGCCUGGAUUUACUUUUGCACCACCGGCGCGUUGGAUGAAGGUGGCCUCACCUCGCUGAUCAUCAUCACCGUGAUCGCGCUGGAUGUCCUUCACCCUUGUGCUUAUCUCUGGGUCGGCGAGACCACCAUGACACCUGAGCUGGCGAAUUCCAUGUCUUGGUACCAGGCCUUCACCACAUUAGGCUGGUGGGAGCUCCUAUUGCACGAUCUCAUUUUGAAUGACUUCGUCACAGGCUUCUUGAAAUGGCUGGGGCCUGCGUGGAUGAUUGCAAUGCCACUGUUGACCCUGGUCUUGCCGUACCUCGGGGUGAAUCAGGCCUUCAUGCUGGUCGCCACGGUCCACAACCGCUGAGAGAUGCGAUGGGAACCUGUGGAACCUGCCCAAGCGCCCGCUGGGAAUUUUUUGUGUC